GAUGCUUAUUUCAGGUAGGGUUUUAGGAGAUGGUUUUUCCAGCCCUGGUCGCUCUCUGUCCAAGAGAGAACAACAAAGAGACCACCAACAAAACUUCCCCCCUACCGAUUUGAAAGGAUCUCUUUCCCUUAUUGGCCCUUUGGGUCAGGUACCAACCAGGUUAUUUGAGCUUAUUAACCCCUUACAGGUAAAGGAGGGAUUUUAUGCUACCCUUAGCUGUAUGUUUCUGACAGCCCUCAUUUGUCUCCUCUUUCAGUGUACUCCUCACUUUCUCACCCGCAGUGGAGAGUGCAUCUAGGAUAAAUGGCAGAGAGGAAUUACACAGCAGUGACUGAGUUCGUCUUGUUGGGAUUCACUCAAAACCCGAAGGUCCAGGUCAUCCUCCUUGUGAUGUUUCUGCUGAUCUACAUGCUGAUACUAGUGGGGAACCUCACCUUGGUCACCUUAAUCAGAACUGACUCCCAGCUUCACACCCCCAUGUACUUUUUCAUCAGCAACCUGGCCCUCUUAGAUGUUGGUUGCACCACCACUAUCACUUCCAGCAUACUAGUUACUUUAGUAUCAGCAAGAAAAGUCAUUUUGUUCACUGGAUGUGCUCUGCAAUUCUUCUUCCUAUGCAUCACAUUGUCCUGUGAAUGUUACCUCUUGGGUGCCAUGGCAUAUGAUCGCUUCAUAGCCAUCUGCAACCCAUUGCUCUACACUGUCAUCAUGUCCAAGGAGUUUUGCAUGCUGUUGGUGCUGGGGUCGUACCUAGUGAGCUGCAUGAAUGCAAUUGUUCAAACUAUAUUUAUAUUCCGUUUGUCCUUCUGCGACUCAAAUGUCAUCAACCAUUUCUUCUGUGACGUGUCCCCCCUCCUGAAACUGUCCUGCUCUGACACCCGCAUCACAGAGAUUGUUCAUUUCACCUGUGCCACUGUGGUGGUAACACCUACUAUCUUGAUCAUCCUUAUCUCCUACAUAUACAUUGUGGUCGCUAUCGUAAGGAUCAACUCUGCCAAGGGCCAACGCAAAGCUUUCUCCGCCUGCGCCUCCCACCUGACGGCUGUCACCAUCUUCUAUGGA